AUGAGUGCCUCUGAUCGAAGAUCAAGCCAUUACAUCGUGAAUAAAUGGGUAAUCAAAAUACUAAUACAGAGGAUGAAACUUCUAUUCCAUAUAUGGCGUAGCAAAACAUUACCGAAAGCCUGUCACUACCCAUUCGCCGGAAAUUUUGGUAUACACAUCGUUGGUAGCUACCUUCUUUUUGGUUGUUUGAAAAGCCGAAAAAGGCGACCUCCCGUGACGUUAAAGCUGAUGUGGCGGAGACGUGCGGUGCAGAAAGUUACACAUCUUGUCCCGCUAAAGUUAUCAAGCUAUCAGAUGAAACCAUCUGAGCUUAUUUUUUAUGCCAUCCAAACUGAUCAAAAGAGCCUUGGUUGCAAAUCAAAUCAGAUUUCUGGAGAAUUGACUAUCUAA